CUGCUUUACCAAACAUCUUUUUACAAUCCGCUAAAUGAAUCCACUGGUCAAAUCCGCUAACACAAUCCGCCGUUAGCAAUCCGCUAACUGCCAACCGCUAACCGCUGAUUGCCAAACAUGCCCAUAAGCCUUUAUGACUGGAUACGGGUUUAUGUCUUGAAAUUGGUCUGCGUGUUCUUAGUGUCUAUUAUAAGCUUUUUAUUUUGAAAAAAAGAAUAAACAAGGAUAAUCUCCAUCAUAAACUAAAAUUAUUCAUAACAUUAAAGCUUCAGAUUGCCAAAAUUGUUCUUGAUAUAUACAUUUGAUGCAUUAGGCCCUUGAUAUAAUUGAAUAUGCAAGUAAAUUUGAUAGGAUCAAUUAUAACUAAAUUAAUGUUUUACUAAAUCGAUAAGUAAAAGAGUAUGUUAAGUACUCCAUAUAUUAUAUAGACAGUGCUAAAAUGCAAGGAAAAUAAAGGUCUACGGUCUAGACAGUUUUAUCCUAUGGACGGAAUCCAUUUUUAACAUUUUUGCCUCCCAACCAUUACAGAUGAUUAAGGAACACACGAGGAAAUACUAAAUAAUAGGGAAUAAAUACCGGCCAACAUAUUUUAUUUUAAUAGGGAAUAAAUACCGGCCAACAUAUUUUAUUUUAAAUAAGUAAGGGUCAAAACAGAAAAACAAAAACAGGAAGGCUCAAUAACAAAAAUGAUGUUUGCUUGUACCCAUUUUUAUACUCACUUUUGUACCUACCUAUGUUUGUGAAUGUGUUUUGUUCUUGUCUAUGAAUCCCGGUUCACAGACAAUAUUUUGCACAAGCAAAAUAUUUUGCACAAACAAAAUAUUGUCUUUGAAUCAGGUUGAAAGACAAACAAAACACUUCACAAACAUGAUGGGUGAAAGAGUGAGUAGAUUGGCUCAAUAAUGCAAGACAACAUGAUGGGUGAAAGAGUGAGUAGAUUGGCUCAAUAAUGCAAGACGUAAGCAUCAUAUUGGACGGUGGCAUCGCCAGUUUUGAUAUCAAACCAGUAAGUCCUGGCCUGGACGUAGCCGCGAGCCAACCGGAAAAGCCCACUGCCGCCGACGAUAGGCAUCUCCCGGACCUUAAGAAACACCGGGUUCCGGCCGACCACCGUGAGGGUGCUGCCGUUGUACUUGCCUUCAAUGAACGCCAGAUUCAUGACCAUCAAGAGCCCAAGAUCUGUCUGACCCGCCGAAGCAUAAAAUCCCUGCGCUCUUCCCACGCACUUAGAGCUCAGAUUCGCCCCAACGGUUAGCGGAUUGUCGAUUAUGUUUGUCCCUCCGAAGCCCGUCAUCGACGAUGACGAGCUAUUAGCCGCCGGGAUGAUUUCGAUCGACGUCGGCUUCGUCCCGCUAAGGACGUCGUGCCAAUACCAGCGGAAAUGGCUGGCUUUUUCGAUCUUCAGUCCAAGCGAUUCCCGGUCUAUCUGCUUUCCGAUGAUUUGUUCUUCUCCGGUAGCCGGGAAAGUGAGGAGGAAGAAGAUGAAGAAGGGAAGGGAGACGGUAAAAAUGGGAUGCAUAAUUGGAUUGUUUGCCAUAAUUAAAAAGCUGGCUUGCUUAAUUUGGUUUGGAUCAGAAGUGGGUACGGACACCAGAAAUGGAUUGUUACCAGAAGGGUAUAUAUAGACCAAACAACAGGAUAGGGAGAAGCCAAAAUGGUUCAUCCUCCAUACACUAAAAUUCCAGAGACUAGAAGUCAACGAAUGGAAAUAGACUUUGGGUGACCAUAGCAAAUGGCUCAUCCUGCUAGCGGUAAGAGAAGUCGGCACUCUUAAAGUCUU